CCGCGGCGGCGCGGACACGGCCCGGUCGCCCCCAGUGGCAGGCGCGGUGCAGCGCGAAGCGAGCGGGCGCAGCGCGGAGCUCGGGCCCAUGGUGCGCCCGUGUCCGUCGGUCGGGCCGCGCGGGCGGCUCCGCGCGUGGCCCGGCGCUCGCGAGCUCGCCCCCUCGCUGCGGGCCCGGUCCGCCCGCUGCCGCCGCCUCCUCCCCCGGGGCUGCGCGGCGCCGGCGGGCGGCGGCGCGGAGGCCGGACCGGGCGGCGGCCCAGGCAGCGCGGGGGGCGCGGCAGCUAAGGCGGGCGGCGCUGCCGACAUGACGGACAACAUCCCGCUGCAGCCAGUGCGCCAGAAGAAGCGGAUGGACAGCAGGCCCCGCGCCGGGUGCUGCGAGUGGCUGAGAUGCUGCGGGGGAGGGGAGCCCAGGCCCCGCACUGUCUGGUUGGGGCAUCCAGAGAAGAGGGACCAGAGGUAUCCUCGAAAUGUCAUCAACAACCAGAAGUACAAUUUCUUCACCUUUCUUCCUGGGGUGCUGUUCAACCAGUUCAAAUACUUUUUCAACCUCUAUUUCUUACUUCUUGCCUGCUCUCAGUUUGUUCCUGAGAUGAGACUUGGCGCACUCUACACCUACUGGGUUCCCCUGGGCUUCGUGCUGGCCGUCACUGUCAUCCGUGAGGCGGUGGAAGAGAUCCGAUGCUACGUUCGGGACAAGGAAGUCAACUCCCAGGUCUACAGCCGGCUCACAGCUCGAGGCACGGUAAAGGUGAAGAGUUCCAACAUCCAAGUUGGAGACCUUAUUAUCGUUGAAAAGAACCAGCGGGUCCCUGCCGACAUGAUCUUCCUGAGGACAUCAGAAAAAAACGGGUCAUGCUUCUUGCGGACGGAUCAGCUAGAUGGGGAGACAGACUGGAAGCUGCGCCUCCCUGUGGCCUGCACACAGAGGCUCCCCACAGCUGCUGACCUUCUUCAGAUUCGAUCGUACGUGUACGCAGAGGAGCCAAAUAUCGACAUUCACAACUUUGUGGGAACCUUUACCCGAGAAGACAGCGACCCCCCGAUCAGCGAGAGCCUCAGCAUAGAGAACACGCUGUGGGCUGGCACCGUGGUUGCAUCAGGUACAGUUGUGGGUGUCGUUCUUUACACUGGCAGAGAACUCCGGAGUGUCAUGAAUACCUCAAAUCCUCGAAGUAAGAUCGGCCUGUUCGACCUGGAAGUGAACUGCCUUACCAAGAUCCUCUUUGGUGCCCUGGUGGUGGUCUCACUGGUCAUGGUUGCCCUUCAGCACUUUGCAGGUCGUUGGUACCUACAGAUAAUCCGCUUCCUCCUCUUGUUUUCCAACAUCAUCCCCAUUAGUUUGCGAGUGAACCUGGACAUGGGCAAGAUCGUGUACAGCUGGGUGAUUCGAAGGGACUCAAAAGUCCCUGGGACUGUGGUUCGCUCCAGCACUAUCCCCGAGCAGCUGGGCAGGAUCUCGUACUUACUCACAGACAAGACAGGCACUCUGACCCAGAAUGAGAUGGUUUUCAAACGGCUUCAUCUCGGAACGGUAGCCUACGGCCUCGACUCAAUGGACGAAGUACAAAGCCACAUCUUCAGCAUUUACACCCAGCAAUCCCAGGACCCACCAGCCCAGAAGGGCCCCACACUCACCACCAAGGUCCGACGGACCAUGAGCAGCCGCGUGCACGAAGCUGUGAAGGCCAUAGCGCUCUGCCACAACGUGACUCCUGUUUACGAGUCCAACGGUGUGACUGACCAGGCUGAGGCUGAGAAGCAGUACGAAGACUCCUGCCGCGUGUAUCAGGCAUCCAGCCCCGAUGAGGUGGCCCUGGUACAGUGGACUGAAAGUGUGGGCUUAACCCUGGUGGGCCGGGACCAGUCUUCCAUGCAGCUGAGGACCCCUGGCGACCAGAUCCUGAACUUCACCAUUCUGCAGAUCUUCCCUUUCACCUAUGAAAGCAAGCGCAUGGGCAUCAUCGUGCGGGAUGAAUCAACUGGAGAAAUUACGUUUUACAUGAAGGGAGCAGAUGUGGUCAUGGCUGGCAUUGUGCAGUACAACGACUGGUUGGAGGAAGAGUGUGGCAACAUGGCCCGAGAAGGGCUCCGGGUGCUCGUGGUGGCGAAGAAGUCUCUAGCGGAGGAGCAGUAUCAGGACUUUGAAGCCCGCUAUGUCCAGGCCAAGCUGAGUGUGCACGACCGCUCCCUCAAAGUGGCCACGGUCAUUGAGAGCCUGGAGAUGGAGAUGGAGCUUCUGUGCCUGACGGGCGUGGAGGACCAGCUGCAGGCGGAUGUGCGGCCCACACUGGAGACCCUGAGGAAUGCUGGCAUCAAGGUCUGGAUGCUGACGGGGGACAAGCUGGAGACCGCUACAUGCACAGCGAAGAAUGCACACCUGGUGACCAGAAACCAGGACAUCCACGUGUUCCGGCUGGUCACCAACCGCGGGGAGGCUCACCUCGAGCUGAAUGCCUUCCGCAGGAAGCAUGAUUGCGCCCUGGUGAUCUCGGGAGACUCCCUGGAGGUUUGCCUCAAGUACUACGAGUACGAGUUCAUGGAGCUGGCCUGCCAGUGCCCAGCUGUGGUCUGCUGCCGCUGCGCCCCCACCCAGAAGGCCCAGAUCGUGCGCCUGCUGCAGGAGCGCACGGGCAAGCUCACCUGCGCAGUAGGGGACGGGGGCAAUGACGUCAGCAUGAUUCAGGAAUCUGACUGCGGCGUGGGAGUGGAAGGAAAGGAAGGCAAACAGGCUUCGCUGGCCGCAGACUUCUCCAUCACUCAAUUUAAGCAUCUUGGCCGCUUGCUUAUGGUGCAUGGCCGGAACAGCUACAAGCGGUCAGCCGCCCUCAGCCAGUUCGUGAUUCACAGGAGCCUCUGUAUCAGCACCAUGCAGGCUGUCUUUUCCUCCGUGUUUUACUUUGCCUCCGUCCCUCUCUAUCAAGGAUUCCUCAUCAUUGGGUACUCCACCAUUUACACCAUGUUUCCCGUGUUUUCUCUGGUCCUGGACAAAGACGUCAAGUCAGAAGUUGCCAUGCUGUAUCCUGAGCUCUACAAGGAUCUUCUCAAGGGGCGGCCGUUGUCCUACAAGACAUUCUUAAUAUGGGUUUUGAUUAGCAUCUACCAAGGGAGCACCAUCAUGUACGGGGCGCUGCUGCUGUUUGAGUCGGAGUUCGUGCACAUCGUGGCCAUCUCCUUCACCUCGCUGAUCCUCACCGAGCUGCUUAUGGUGGCGCUGACCAUCCAGACCUGGCACUGGCUCAUGACAGUGGCCGAGCUGCUCAGCCUGGCCUGCUACAUCGCCUCCCUGGUAUUCUUACACGAGUUCAUCGAUGUGUACUUCAUUGCCACCUUGUCAUUCUUGUGGAAAGUCUCCGUCAUCACUCUGGUCAGCUGCCUGCCCCUCUAUGUCCUCAAGUACCUGAGAAGACGGUUCUCUCCCCCCAGCUACUCAAAGCUCACGUCGUAGGCCACGCACUCUCUGGAGGGGGCCCUGGUCUUGGCGCUUCCCUGAUGGACAGAGCUCAAGUUCCAUGGAUGUUAAUCGCCACCUGUGGAUUUUGCAGUAAUUGCUAACACGUGCAGUUUUGAUGGGAAGAGGCUCUGUGCCUAAACGGAGUCCCGCUGCAUCAGCAGGAGGGAGGUCCUAAAGAGAGACCCAUCUGGGCCUGUUUGAACCCCUCAUUCUUCAUGUUUGAGUGAAUGUGAAUAUGUUAAAGCUGGUGGCUCAGCUGGGAGAUGUAUAUGGGUUACUGUGUGAGCUUCCUUACAACUUGAAUUUUGUUGUCACGUGAUAAAAGUUUCUGUCCAGCCAGAGGUUGUAGAAGGCUUGUUUUUUGUUUACGUUUUAUUUUUUUAAGUCCUAACGUGUAUGUAUUCUUUAAGUCUUUCUUGCUUUUAAAAAGAGGUGUCAGAAGAAUAGAAAGCUCUUGGUGUAGGUUUGGGAGGAAGAGACAGUGACAUCUGGUAAAAAGUUAUCCACACAAUAAUUUCCAUUGAGAAAUGCUCAGUAUCCUCUCCAGGUAGCCGAGCUUAUCCAGGUUACACCGGAUUCCUGGGAUCGUAACCAGUGACUGGGAGGAGAGGGAGAGAGAGUGUCGUAAAUCCAGUCUGUUGUCCUUGAUCUGAUUCAGCAUCCAUAGUGCAUGAGUUAACUUCACCUGCCACCUCGUCAAAGAAUGUCAGAGGUGCGAUCCCACUUUGUUGGGACCUGGUAACAAUUACAAAGCCAGUGGCUGGCUGAGAACGACCUCCGACAUUUUCAGCAGAGUUGUUUUAGCAGGAAACGUGCCACUGAACGGCCCCUAAAUGUGUCGACAGUGUGAUAAGAGACUCAACUAAUUCCUUAGACAACAUGGCAGCUGUGACUCAGAUCCUCUAAGGCCAAAGCGGAAAGGUCAGGAGCGGGGACUCUUCUCUCCCACAGAAGCCUGUUUCCUGUAGGAGGCAUUAGUGAGGAUGACCUCACAAAGCCAGAGCCAUCCUGCCAGGCUGCCUUUCGUCGGUGGCAGCUUUCAAAGCAAGGAACCUCUGGUGGGAGGAGGCCCAGGCUGCGGCUCUGGGACCUGGAUUUCAAGGGGAGCUUGCUGAAAGGCAGCCAGUCGUCAAGAUUCCUUCCCUACCAGGAUGGACUCCAUGCACGCAUGUUUCUUAUAAAGCUGUGGCUUCUUGUUUCGGAGGAAGAAGGGAGUUUGUGAUCGUUGGCUGUGGCAGAGCAAGGCAUUCUUGGGUUUUCAAGUCACUUCUUGCAGAAGCCACAUCUGCAUGCCAUGAGGGUUAAGUUGGUGGGUCUUCAGGAGCCAAGUGUGGUUGAGAUCUUGGAUUUGCAUUUACUUCUUGAUGAGUACAUACCUUCAAACCCUCCACCGGGUGCAACUUCUCUGUGCUUCAGAGAUGUACAUUACAGCCUGGUUUCUGAUGCCUACUAACUCCUGCUCUUGGAGAACUAGAGACACAAGGAUCAGAUCGUCCCUUGCCUUUGGAGCGCUCUUGAUAAGCUUUUGUAUUUUGUGUUGUCCUUUUAAAACGUUCUAGAAUGACCUCACGUUGCAGGCACUGAUAAAUUGGCUGUUGAUACAACUUGUAUUUCGUCUUAGAGUUCUGCAGUUUCACAGUAUUUUUCCCUGUCUGAUUGAGUCACAUCUGCCAAGGGAAAAGCUUUGCAGAAAGGAUAUAAUGAGUGAAUAGUUAAGGAUAGGAUCUUUGUCCAAAAAUUUCAGAAAGACGGAGCAAAUCUGACUUCUUCAUUGAGUGAAUUUGUGUGGUUUCAAAGGUUGAGGAGGAGAAAGUUGCGCUGAAAGUUUUUGAGUCUCUGUUUUCCUGGAAGUCAGUCUGUAGCACUGGGAAGUCUUCAGAUAGUUCCGUGUAGAGUUUGCAAACCCUGAACCUGGCUUUGUUCAGAGAUGAAAGAUGCUGGGUCCUGCAGGCAGUGGGUGUGGGAGCCUUGUCGGGAAGUGUGAGAUUUCCAGCAGAAGCUGAAUGAAGAUGGUCUCUCUGGUCUUUUCCUUAAUUCUCAAUUUUGAUCGAGGUGCACAAGUUGACUUUUCAAGUCAACACUUGAGAUACCACUUGACAUCUUCACGGGAGAAUGCUUCCGGGAGGGGCUGAAGGAGCCACACCCGGAAGUGGAAGGUACUCGUCUGUGUUCUUCACAAACCUUUCUGUUCUGUUGUCUCAGCCGCACUGGGGCAGAGGCAGUCAAGGGUGAAAAGGACCAAAACUCAAGUGCAGGCUACUGCGUUGUGGGCCCGUCCCAUCAGUGGGCAGCCAGCUGAUGCCAUUCACCGGAGGGUCCCCACACAUCUAGGAAUGCGCACGCCGCGCUUCUCAAACACCGGAGACACAGCCAGGAGUGUUCGGUCCGGUGAGAGUACACGGUCUUUACCUGCACAGAUCAGACCGUGAGCCCAGCAGAGAACACCAGGGCGCUCGGUGACUUCUAGGAGGUAAUCUCAUUGUGGUGGGGAAGGCAAAGAAAGAAGCAAACAAGAAAUAGAGAUACUGUACAAGAGGCUCUCCUGAGGUUUUAAGCUUAAGUAUAAGGAUUCAGUUAGCCUUUUUCUUGGUUCAUCAAUCUGGAAAGAACCUACAUAAAGCACCAUUGACACCCUCACCUGGGAGCUCCGUGGGCCUUCUGUCUCUGACAGCCAAUUUAAUUUGAGGUCAGAGGGCCUCGAGGCACACAGCACUGUUUGAACAGUUUUCCUGAAAGCAAAACUCACAGCUCCCUACGCCCUCUGACCACAGUAGCUAUUUCUGCCAGAGUAAGACCUUCUAUUACUAUUUUAUUAUUGUUCAUACGUCUUGUGGUGAUGGUUGUGUGAUGGGGGCAGCAGGAUCUGUUUGGUUUCUUUUUUCCCUCCCUCCUUCCUUUUUUCUCUCUUUUCUCUAAGAAAAUCACCAGGGCUGGGCUAGGUGGCUCACGCCUGUAAUCCCAGCACUUUAGGAGACCAAGGUGGGCGAAUCAUGAGGUCAGGAGUUUGAGAACCGACUGGCCAACAUGGUGAAACUCCAUCUCUACUAAAAAUACAAAAAAUUAGCUGGCUGUAGUGGUGCAUACCUGUAAUGCCAGCUACUCGGGAGGCUGAGGCAGGAGAAUCACUUGAACCCGGGAGGCAGAGGUUGCAGUGAGCUGAGAUCGUGCCAUUGCACUCCAAUUUCUUGCUCUGUCUGGGAGACAGAGUGAGACUUCAUCUCAAAAAAAAAAAAAAAGAAAAUCGCCAGACGAGUUUCUCCAUCUUGAGUAAUUUCUUAGAUGGGACAGCUUCCAUCCUCAUUUUGAAAGCCCGUGUGUGCACAUAUGUGUUACUGUGACACCAGGUGAGGUGGCGGCACUAACUUGACUGCUGGGAGGGCAUUCCAGGGAGCAUCAUAAAGUUUGAGUAGACCUCCCAUUUCUAGCCCCUGGGGCCAAGAGGCCACGUGCUGGGAUUUCUCCCAGUCCUGGCAGCACUGUAACAUUCCCAUCCCAGUUACGCUCCCCUGGAGUGAAAUGAAACCUGUUUUGUGUGUGAUGGUAAUCUUAAAAACCGUUGUCUCUUUAUGAACAUUUCCUCCGAUUUUUCUCUGCUGAAAAUGUAGGCUGUGUUACUUGUGAAUGUAGUUUGAAUUUUGUGCUCAUUGGAAACUGAUAUGUUAAUGCCUCCCCUAGCCCCCACCAGACUUUUCUUUUUAUACUUUGUCUUGUUUUUACUGGGGUGGGUUGGGCAUGCGUGCGUGCCUUUAGGCCAGCAUUUUAAACCUUUGCCAAAAUUGCAAAUGGGACAUACGCAUUCUUCUGUUCCAUCCUACUUAAAGCAAACACCUAUCAGCUAUUUUUGUCUUUAACCUUUUCUGUACGUUUGAAGUGUGUGUAUGGUGUGUGUGUGUGUGUGUGUAAGAGAGAGAAUGAUCUAAAGGUUUUUAAAGAAAUAUUGGUUUUCAUUGCAUUAAAAUUCUAUCACUCCCAGCUUUGUUUUCAUUUUAAAAAUAUACAAGGAGCUUUGUAAAUACAACAGAUUUUAUUUCUUCCCCUUCUUUUAAUGUAUAGCUUUUUUUUGCUGUUUAUAUAUACUUAAAAUAUUCCCAUGAAUUAUGUCCAGUUCUUCAUGGAAAAAAAUAUAUGAUGUUUUUGAAUGGAACUGCAAAGCAUCCUGCAGCGUGACCAGCCAGCCCUGACCUGAUGCUCUGAAGCACCUUCUCAGGCCAAAGUGGCGUGACCCGUGGCUCUGCCUUCUCUGCCACAGCAUGGUCUGAAGCGCAGUCUGUCAGUAUAGCUGGGCGAUGUCAGUGACUCUCGUGUUUCUGGGAUCAGGUGGGGGGCGUGGCAUUUGCAAGAAACAAAUUGUGGCUCAUUGAUGAUUUUGUUGCGGGGGCUUACUGUAAGCUCGUGUAAGAGUCUGUGGCUCCUCAUGAGUUGCUCUCUCUGUGUAAUCCUCACUGCACAUUUUCACUGGGACGGCGUGUUUUGAUUAGCGGCGAGCUCUGGCACAGUCUGCUUUAAUUUAGCAGGAACUUCCAGAUGAUUUAAAUUCUCGAUGCUGUGAUGACACACGUGAUCCUCCGUGUUUCCGAGCGACUCUGCUUUCAUUGUUUGCCAGCGUGGCCCGUUGCUGUUGCCCAAUAAAGCUUGUGUACGUUC